ACAGCCACCUUGGCGUCUACAGCUUUAACCACAUCUACAACAGAGGCACCUGCCUCUCUGCUGCCUUCUACAUCCCCCUCAGAGAGCACAACCUCUAUCAUAGAGACAUACACCUCUGUUCUUACUUCUCACAACAUCUAUCACAGAGACAUCCACCUCUGUUCUGACUUCUGCAUCCACCUCAGCACUCUCAACAUCUACAACGCAGCCUUCCACCACUCUUCCUCCCUCUACAGCCACCUUGGAGUCUACUGCUUUAAUCACACCUUCAACAGAGGCGCCUACCUCUCUGCUGCCUUCUACAUCCCCCUCAGAGAGCACAACCUCUAUCACAGAGACAUCCACCUCUGUUCUGAUUUCUGUGUCCACCUCAGCGCCCUCAGCAUCUACAACGCGGUCUUCCACCAGUAUUCCUUCCUCUACCGCCACCUUGGAGUCUACAGCUUUAACCACAUCUACAACAGAGGCACCUACCUCUCUGCUUCCUUCUACAUCCCCCUCAGAGAGCACAACCUCUAUCACAGAGACAUCCACCUCUUUUCUGACUUCUGUAUCCACCUCAGCGCCCUCAGCAUCUACAACGCAGCCUUCCACCACUCUUCCUCCCUCUACAGCCACCAUGGACGCCCUCAAGAGCACAACAUCUAUCACAGAGACAUCCACCUCUGUUCUGACUUCUGCAUCCACCUCAGCACUCUCAGCAUCUACAACGCAGCCUUCCACCACUCUUCCUCCCUCUACAGCCACCUUGGAGUCUACUGCUUUAAUCACACCUUCAACAGAGGCGCCUACCUCUCUGCUGCCUUCUACAUCCCCCUCAGAGAGCACAACCUCUAUCACAGAGACAUCCACCUCUGUUCUGAUUUCUGUGUCCACCUCAGCGCCCUCAGCAUCUACAACGCGGUCUUCCACCAGUAUUCCUUCCUCUACCGCCACCUUGGAGUCUACAGCUUUAACCACAUCUACAACAGAGGCACCUACCUCUCUGCUGCCUUCUACAUCCCCCUCAGAGAGCACAACCUCUAUCACAAAGACAUCCACCUCUUUUCUGACUUCUGUAUCCACCUCAGCGCCCUCAGCAUCUACAACGCAGCCUUCCACCACUCUUCCUCCCUCUACAGCCACCAUGGAAGCUUUAACCACAUCUACAACAGAGGCACCUGCCUCUCUGCUGCCUUCUACAUCCCCCUCAGAGAGCACAACAUCUAUCACAGAGACAUCCACCUCUAUUCUGACUUCUGUGUCCACCUCAGCGCCCUCAGUAUCUACAACGCGGCCUUCCACCACUAUUCCUUCCUCUACAGCCACUUUGGAGUCUACAGCUUUAACCACAUCUAUAACAGAGGCACCUACAUCUCUGCUGCCUUCUACAUCCCCCUCAGAGAGCACAACCUCUAUCACAGAAACAUCUACCUCUGUUCUUACUUCUGUAUCCACCUCAGGGCCCUCAGCAUCUACAACGCAGCCUUCUACCACUCUUCCUCCCUCUACAGCCACCUUGGAGUCUACUGCUUUAAUCACACCUGCAACAGAGGCGCCUACCUCUCUGCUGCCUUCUACAUCCCCCUCAGAGAGCACAACCUCUAUCACAGAGACAUCCACCUCUGUUCUGACUUCUGUAUCCACCUCAGCGAUCUCAGCAUCUACAACGCAGCCUUCCACCACUCUUCCUCCCUCUACAGCCACCUUGGAGUCUACAGCUUUAACCACAUCUGCAACAGAGGCACCUACCUCUCUGCUGCCUUCUACAUCCUCCUCAGAGAGCACAGUAUCUGUCACAGAGACAUCCACCUCUGUUCUGACUUCUGUAUCCACCUCAGCACCCUCAGCAUCUACAACACAUCCUUCCACCACUCUUCCUCCCUUUACAGCCACCUUGGAGUCUACAGCUUUAACCACAUCUAUAACAGAGGCACCUACCUCUCUGCUGCCUUCUACAUCCCCCUCAGAGAGCACAACAUCUAUCACAGAGACAUCCACCUCUGUUGUGACUUCUGUAUCCACCUCAGCACCCCCAGCAUCUACAACACAUCCUUCCACCACUCUUCCUCCCUUUACAGCCACCUUGGAUUCUACAGCUUUAACCACAUCUAUAACAGAGGCACCUACCUCUCUGCUGCCUUCUACAUCCCCCUCAGAGAGCAAAACAUCUAUCACAGAGACAUCCACCUCUGUUCUGACUUCUGUAUCCACCUCAGCACCCUCAGCAUCUACAACCCAGCUUUCCACCACUCUUCCUGCCUCUACAGCCACCUUGGAGUCUACAGCUUUAACCACAUCUACAACAGAGAAACCACUACAUCUACUACAGAGUUAUCCACCUCUCUACCGCCUUUUGAAUCCACUUCACAGUUCCCAAUAUCUACAACACAAACUUCCAUUUCUCUUCCACCCUCUACUCCCACCUUACAGUCUACAGCUUUGUUGACAUCUGCAACAGAGGCAUCCACCUCUCUACCACCUACGUCUCCUUCAGAGCUCUCAGCAUCUACAACGCAGUCUUCCACCUCUCUUCGACCCUCUACACAGACCUUGGAGUCUACAACUUUGACAACAACUGCAACAGAGACAUCUUCCGCUCUCUCAUCUUCUACAUCCACCUCAGAGAGCACAUCUUCCAUAAAGGCAUACAGCUCUGUACCACCUUUUGAAUCCACCUCAGAGCUCUCAGGAACUACAACCAAGUCUACCUCCCUUCCACCUUCCACAUACCACUUGGAGUCUACAACUUUGUCAAUAUCUAUCACAGAGCCAUCCACUCCUCUCCUACCUGCUUCAUCCCCCUCAGAAAGCACCUCUGUCACAGAGGCAUCCACCUCUCUUCCACUUUCUACUCCCACCUUGCAGUCUAUAGAGAAUACCACCAUGGAUACAACCAUUUUGGCCCAGCCGACUUCUUCCCUCUUAGAGACAAAGUAUGCGGUCACAUCCAGUGGACAGCGCACAGUCCCUUCGGAAACCAAGGCUACAUUUUUCAUGGACGUGAGCUCAGUUAAUGGCUUUAUUUCACCCAAAGAAACCACCUCUAAGUUCCAACCAGCAACUUCUCCUGUGGAAAUGAUCGCUGAUAUGACUUCUGCAGGAACAUCUUCGGCAACAGGAACUUCACUUCCACCAACAUCUUCUGCCACUAUGAUAAUAACUAACACAACACCUCUGGCUACAUCUUCUGCCAUGGAGACAAUGGUAGGAACUUUACUUCCACCAACAUCUUCUGCCACUAAGAUAAUAACUAACACAACACCCCUGGCUACAUCUUCUGCCCUGGAGACCACAAUAGGAACUUCACUUCCUCCAACACCUCCUGUCACUGAGAAAACUAACAUAAUACCCCUGGCUACAUCUUCUGCCCUGGAGACAAUAACUUCACUUCUUCCAACAUCUUCUGCCACUAAGAUAAUAACUAACACAACACCCCUGGCAAAAUCUUCUGAAAUGGAGACAACAGCAGGCAGUUCACUUCCCCCAACAACUUCUUCCACUGAUGUAAAAACUAAGACCACAAUGGAAACUUCACUUCCUCCAACAACUCCUGUCACUGAGAAAACUAACAUAAUACCCCUGGCUACAUCUUCUACCCUGGAGACAAUGACCACAACAGGAACUUUACUUCCUCCAACAUCUUCUGCCACUGAAAUAACAUCUAACACAACACCCCUGGCUACAUCUUCUGUCUUGGAGACAACGGUAGGAACUUCACUUCCUCCAACAUCUUCUGCCACUGAGAUAACUAACACAACACCCUUGGCUACAUUUUCUGCCAUGGAGAGAGCAGAAGAUACUUCAUUCCCACCUAUAUCUUCUACCACAAAUACUUUGCCCAUAGCCACAUCUUCUGUCAUGGAGACAACGACCACAACAGGAACAUUAGUUCCACCAACAUCUUCUGCCACUAAGAUAAUAACUAACACAACACCCCUGGCUACAUCUUCUGCCCUGGAGACCACAACAGGAACUUUACUUCCUCCAACAUCUUCUGCCACUGAAAUAACAUCUAACACAACACCCCUGGCUACAUCUUCUGUCUUGGAGACAACGAUAACUAACACAACACCCUUGGCUACAUAUUCUGCCAUGGAGACAACGGUAGGAACUUCACUUCCUCCAACACCUUCUGCCACUGGGAUAAUAACUAACACAACACCCCUGGCUACAUCUUCUGCCAUGGAGACAACGAUAACAACUAACACAACACCUCUAGCUACAUCUUCUGUCAUGGGGAGCAAAGCAAGAACAUCACUUCCUCCAACAUCUUCUGCCACUGAGAUAAUAGCUAACACAACACCCCUGGCUAUAUCUUCUGCCCUGGAGACCACAACAGGAACAUUAGAGACUCAAAGUCAGGCUAAUGAAUCAGUAAUCUACCCUGCUACUGAGAAACCAAUAGAUCAACCUGCUGGUGUUGGGAACACCACAGCUUCACCAUUUACUACACCACCUGUAGCAACAACAACAGGUCAGGCCAAUGAAUCAGUAAUCCCCCCUGCUACUGAGAAACCAACAGAUCGACCUGCUAGUGCUGGGAACACCACAGCCUCACCAUUUACUACACCACCUGUAGCAACAACAACAGGUCAGGCCAAUGAAUCAGUAAUCCCCCCUGCUACUGAGAAACCAACAGAUCGACCUGCUAGUGUUGGGAACACCACAGCCUCACCAUUUACUACACCACCUGUAGCAACAACAACAUUUUUGCCAACAACCAUCCAGACACCAAAGCCAAUGCCAGCAUUUGGACACUUCACCAUGAAUUUGACCGUAACCAACCUCAGAUACAAGAAUGAGAUGGGAAUUUCUGAUUCCAGCACAUUCAAUUCUACAGAAAGAACUUUAGUUUUUCUGAUUGGGCGGGUACUCAAGCAAAGCUACAUUGGCCCAGCCUAUAUAAAAUGCGAAGUGACAUCCCUGAGAUCUUUAAGAAAUGGGAACGAAACUGGUGUGGACGCCAUCUGCACUUACAGAAAUGACUCAACGAUGCCCCCAUUUGACGAAGUAAAAAUGUAUGGUGAACUAGUUAACCAGACCCAGGGAUUCACUACGCUGAGGCCCUACAAGCUGGACAGAUUCAGCCUCUAUGUGAACGAUUAUAAUGAGGCCCCUCAAAUCCCAACAAUUUUGCCAACAACCACCCAAACAUCUAAGCCUAUGCCAGCAGUUGGACACUUCACCAUGAAUUUGACCGUAACCAACCUCAGAUACAAGAAUGAGAUGGGAAUUUCUGAUUCCAGCACAUUCAAUUCUACAGAAAGAACUUUAGUUUUUCUGAUUGGGCGGGUACUCAAGCAAAGCUACAUUGGCCCAGUCUAUAUAAAAUGCGAAGUGACAUCCCUGAGAUCUUUAAGAAAUGGGAACGAAACUGGUGUGGACGCCAUCUGCACUUACAGAAAUGACUCAACGAUGCCCCCAUUUGACAAAGUAAAAAUGUAUGGUGAACUAGUUAACCAGACCCAGGGAUUCACUACGCUGAGGCCCUACAAGCUGGACAGAUUCAGCCUCUAUGUGAACGAUUAUAAUGAGGUUCCUCAAAUCCCAACAAUUUUGCCAACAACCACCCAAACAUCUAAGCCUAUGCCAGCAAUUGGACACUUCACCAUGAAUUUGACCGUAACCAACCUCAGAUACAAGAAUGAGAUGGGAAUUUCUGAUUCCAGCACAUUCAAUUCUACAGAAAGAACUUUAGUUUUUCUGAUUGGGCGGGUACUCAAGCAAAGCUACAUUGGCCCAGUCUAUAUAAAAUGCGAAGUGACAUCCCUGAGAUCUUUAAGAAAUGGGAAUGAAACUGGUGUGGACGCCAUCUGCACUUACAGAAAUGACUCAACGAUGCCCCCAUUUGACAAAGUAAAAAUGUAUGGUGAACUAGUUAACCAGACCCAGGGAUUCACUACGCUGAGGCCCUACAAGCUGGACAGAUUCAGCCUCUAUGUGAACGAUUAUAAUGAGGUUCCUCAAAUCCCAACAAUUUUGCCAACAACCACCCAAACAUCUAAGCCUAUGCCAGCAAUUGGACACUUCACCAUGAAUUUGACCGUAACCAACCUCAGAUACAAGAAUGAGAUGGGAAUUUCUGAUUCCAGCACAUUCAAUUCUACAGAAAGAACUUUAGUUUUUCUGAUUGGGCGGGUACUCAAGCAAAGCUACAUUGGCCCAGUCUAUAUAAAAUGCGAAGUGACAUCCCUGAGAUCUUUAAGAAAUGGGAACGAAACUGGUGUGGACGCCAUCUGCACUUACAGAAAUGACUCAACGAUGCCCCCAUUUGACAAAGUAAAAAUGUAUGGUGAACUAGUUAACCAGACCCAGGGAUUCACUACGCUGAGGCCCUACAAGCUGGACAGAUUCAGCCUCUAUGUGAACGAUUAUAAUGAGGUUCCUCAAAUCCCAACAAUUUUGCCAACAACCACCCAAACAUCUAAGCCUAUGCCAGCAAUUGGACACUUCACCAUGAAUUUGACCGUAACCAACCUCAGAUACAAGAAUGAGAUGGGAAUUUCUGAUUCCAGCACAUUCAAUUCUACAGAAAGAACUUUAGUUUUUCUGAUUGGGCGGGUACUCAAGCAAAGCUACAUUGGCCCAGUCUAUAUAAAAUGCGAAGUGACAUCCCUGAGAUCUUUAAGAAAUGGGAAUGAAACUGGUGUGGACGCCAUCUGCACUUACAGAAAUGACUCAACGAUGCCCCCAUUUGACAAAGUAAAAAUGUAUGGUGAACUAGUUAACCAGACCCAGGGAUUCACUACGCUGAGGCCCUACAAGCUGGACAGAUUCAGCCUCUAUGUGAACGAUUAUAAUGAGGUUCCUCAAAUCCCAACAAUUUUGCCAACAACCACCCAAACAUCUAAGCCUAUGCCAGCAAUUGGACACUUCACCAUGAAUUUGACCGUAACCAACCUCAGAUACAAGAAUGAGAUGGGAAUUUCUGAUUCCAGCACAUUCAAUUCUACAGAAAGAACUUUAGUUUUUCUGAUUGGGCGGGUACUCAAGCAAAGCUACAUUGGCCCAGUCUAUAUAAAAUGCGAAGUGACAUCCCUGAGAUCUUUAAGAAAUGGGAACGAAACUGGUGUGGACGCCAUCUGCACUUACAGAAAUGACUCAACGAUGCCCCCAUUUGACAAAGUAAAAAUGUAUGGUGAACUAGUUAACCAGACCCAGGGAUUCACUACGCUGAGGCCCUACAAGCUGGACAGAUUCAGCCUCUAUGUGAACGAUUAUAAUGAGGUUCCUCAAAUCCCAACAAUUUUGCCAACAACCACCCAAACAUCUAAGCCUAUGCCAGCAAUUGGACACUUCACCAUGAAUUUGACCGUAACCAACCUCAGAUACAAGAAUGAGAUGGGAAUUUCUGAUUCCAGCACAUUCAAUUCUACAGAAAGAACUUUAGUUUUUCUGAUUGGGCGGGUACUCAAGCAAAGCUACAUUGGCCCAGUCUAUAUAAAAUGCGAAGUGACAUCCCUGAGAUCUUUAAGAAAUGGGAACGAAACUGGUGUGGACGCCAUCUGCACUUACAGAAAUGACUCAACGAUGCCUCCAUUUGACAAAGUAAAAAUGUAUGGUGAACUAGUUAACCAGACCCAGGGAUUCACUACGCUGAGGCCCUACAAGCUGGACAGAUUCAGCCUCUAUGUGAACGGUUAUAAUGAGGCCCCUCAAAUCCCAACAAUUUUGCCAACAACCACCCAAACAUCUAAGCCUAUGCCAGCAAUUGGACACUUCACCAUGAAUUUGACCGUAACCAACCUCAGAUACAAGAAUGAGAUGGGAAUUUCUGAUUCCAGCACAUUCAAUUCUACAGAAAGAACUUUAGUUUUUCUGAUUGGGCGGGUACUCAAGCAAAGCUACAUUGGCCCAGUCUAUAUAAAAUGCGAAGUGACAUCCCUGAGAUCUUUAAGAAAUGGGAACGAAACUGGUGUGGACGCCAUCUGCACUUACAGAAAUGACUCAACGAUGCCCCCAUUUGACAAAGUAAAAAUGUAUGGUGAACUAGUUAACCUGACCCAGGGAUUCACUACGCUGAGGCCCUACAAGCUGGACAGGUUCGGCCUCUAUGUGAACGGUUAUCAUGAAUCAGCCUUCGAACCUUUUGUCGUUACUUCCACUACGAGAUCUCCCACAACACAGUUUUCAAUGACAAGUGAUUUCACUGUGAAUUUCACCGUAACCAAUCUCAAAUAUAAGCCAGGCAUGGGAAUUUCCUACUCAAAAGAGUUCAAUUCUACAAGGAGACCUUUUGACAAAAUGCUGGGCCAACUCUUAGAAAAGAGCAGCGUUGGACCUUGGUUUGUGAGAUGCAGUGUAAAGGCUUUCAGACCCAUAAAUGAUGGAAGCGAGACAGCCGUGGAUAACAUCUGCACCUACCGACGAAACUCUACAAUUGUCCCUUUUGACGAAGAGCGAGUGUACCAGGAUUUCGUCAGCAAUACCAAUAGCUGUACCGAGAUGGGGCCCUACAGCCUGGACCAGCAUAGCCUCUUUGUGAAUGGUUAUCAUGAAUCACCACAUCGGCCAGCUUCUGUUCCAACAACUCCUGCCAAGCCAACAAGUGAAGAAUUCACAGUGAACUUUACUGUAACCAACCUCAAAUACAAGCCAGAGAUGGCCGAUCCCAGUUCGAAGGUCUUUACAUCCACCAACAGAACUUUCACCACAUUGCUGGGCCGCAUGUUGCAGAAGAUCCUUGGGCCUGCGUUCGCAGCCUGCAGUGUCACAGUUCUUAGAUCCAUGAAUGGAGGGAUGGCUACUGGUGUAGAUAGCGUCUGCACCUACAAAAGCGAUUCCACAGCCCCUCAGUUUGACCAAGUCAGUGUGCACCGUGACUUAACCAAUGAGACAAAUGGAUUCACCCAGAUGAGAACCUACAGUCUGGACAGGAGCAGUCUUUGUGUGAAUGGUUACUGCAGGUCACCAAGCCUUACACUUCCAGAUGUCACUGUCACUGCUGCCUCUACCACCACCAAGACUCCAACUGUUGGGUAUUUCACCGUGAACUGCACUUUCACUAACCUCCCUUAUACAAGGGACCUGGGGGUGCAUGGAUCUCGAAAGUUCAACUCCACUCAAAGAGUCAUGCGAUAUUAUAUGGAACCCAUUCUCAAGAACACCAGCAUUGGGUCAGCAUUCAUUGAGUGCCAAGUGGAGAAUUUUAGAGCUGCACAGACUGGAAAUGGCGUGACUAUGAACACCCUUUGCAGCUACUGGAAAGAUGUUCUCCUCACCCCUUUAGACCCUGCGCGGGUCCACAGUGAAAUGAGCGACAUGACGAACGGGGGCCGCAGAAUGGGACGCUACAUCAUACAGGAAAACAGUCUCAGAGUGAACGGAUUCCCACCAUCCACAAGGCUUGGAUCCAACUCGCCAGUCGCCGACGGUGUGGCUUAUGAGCUUGGCUUCACAAUAAUCAGUGAGAACCUGACCAACUCAGACCCGUCAUCUCCACAAUACAGGGAACUGAAGGCCUCCAUCAGCAAAAAGUUAAAUCGGCUCUUCAACGAGAGCAUCAUUCAGAGUGGAUUCAAGAUCUGCAGCGUAACUGGAUUGAGGUAUGGGUCCAUUGUAGUUGACUGUAAGUGUUUCUUCAAACCGGAAAAGAACAUCACUAGAGACUUGGUUGAAAAAACAUUUAACGAAGAGACACAGAACGCCACUUCCCAAUGGCUAGGCGAUAGAUUCCAGCUCAAAGCUGUGAUUGUAAGAGAUCUGGAACCAGACAUCAAGCCAGCAACUCACCGUCCUGCACUCAACUCAAAGAAGAAGGACUUUGCAUUGAAGUUCACCAUCACCAACUUGGCAUACACAGCGCAGCUGGGGAACAACACAGAGCUCUAUCAGAGCACCAAACUGAAUGUAGAAAAUGAGCUCAACCAGCUUUUCCGAAACAGCACUUUAGGACCGCAUUUCCUUGGCUGCUCAGUAGAACAUUUCAGGUGGGGAGGUGGCAUGGUAUAG